CAGGAGGAGCAGGAGGAGGAGCAGGAGGAGCAGGAGGAGCAGGAGGAGGAGCAGGAGGAGCAGGAGGAGGACACCACAGAACUUUACCUUCUGUCCGAGGAUGAGCUGUCCUCUGACGGCUCACGGAGCUCCGUGGACUACGGCUUCAUCACCGCCGUGUCCUGCCUGGUCAGCGGCAUCUCCCUGGUCGCCAUCACCUACACCAUCCCCAGGGACGUGCGCGUGGACCCGGACAGCGUGUCCGCCAGGGAGAUGGAGCGCCUGGAGCGGGAGAGAGCCAGCGUGGGGGCCCAUCUGGACCGAUGCGUCAUAGCGGGACUCUGCCUGCUGACCCUGGGGGGCGUCCUGCUCUCCACGCUGCUCAUGGUCUCCAUGUGGAAGGGGGAGAUGAUGCGGAGGAAAGCCUUUGCUUACUGCAAACAUUCUGCCAACUUGUACGGAUCCAUGAGUCUUAGAGCGGGAUCCAGCUCGACCCUGGAGUCCUGCUCUACUGUCCCUGCAGCGGAGGAGGACCUGGAGGUUUUCAGCUGAAUUUAUGGACCGAAUAAAACAAGACUUUAAACUAAUUUAUUUCACUUUCAUUCAGCGCCUCUAAAAGAUGCAACAAGAAGGAAGACUUAGGCAGGGGCGGAUUAAGGAAAUGUGGGGCCCUUGGCAAAGACAGGCAGGAGGCCCUCUGAAU